AUGUUUCCGGGAUCUGCAGGAAUCAACAGCUCGUUUACUCCACAGCCACAUUCUCCCAUCAGAAACCUUCAGGGAAUGGGCAGUAGUAGGAAUUUCACUGGCGUACGACCGUUUACAGAACGAAGACCCAUGGCCAGCUUAGGAAGUAGUAAUCCCAUGGGAUCAAUGGGCAGCUUUGGAAUGCCAACAAACAGACAGUAUGGAUCACAAGGAACUAUGAAUAGUUUUCAUUCUGUGUUUGGAGUUUCUGGUGAUAAUAAUACACCUCCUCUUCUUGAUCUCAAUGAAUUUCCAUCACUUACAAACAGGGGGCAAGGUGACUCUAUGCCAAGACCAAGUCCUAUGCCUGGAAAGCAGCCCUAUGUUGGUAUGGUUAAGCAACCAACAUCAGAAACUAGUGAAUUCACAAUGAGUAGUGAAGACUUUCCAGCUUUGCCUGGAACCCAAAGUAAUUCUGGUCCAACAUCAAGCUCAGAUAAAGGUUUAGUUGGUCUUUCAAACAGUGAUUCUUCUCAUGAUGUUACAAGCAGGGCGCCUGGUGCAGAAAAAAGUGGAGGAACUAAACGAGGAAUUCAAACAUCUCCAGACGGCAAAGUAACUCACAUACCCAACAGUAUGGUUAAAGAUCAGUUUGGUAUGAUUGGUCUUUUGCAGUUCAUAAGAGCCGCAGAGUCAGAUACAAAUCUCAUGUCUUUAGCGCUGGGGCAAGACUUGACUGCCUUGGGACUUAAUCUAAAUCAACCUGAAAACCUUUAUCCAAAUUUUGGUGGUCCUUGGGCGGAACACCUUUGUAGACCUCAAGAUAUCGAUUAUCAUGUUCCACCAGAAUAUUUAAUUAAUGCAGGAAUCAGGGAUAAAUUGGCGACAAUGAAAUUCAGUAGAUACAAAGAUGACUUGUUAUUUUACCUAUUUUAUACAUAUGUUGGAGAUUUAAUGCAACUUAUUGCGGCGGCAGAAUUAUAUGAAAGAGAUUGGCGAUAUCAUACGGACGAAAAAGUUUGGCUCACUCUCAUUCCUGGAAUGGACAACACUUAUUAUUUUUUUGAUCCCCAGAACUGGAGAAAAGUAGCCAAAGAAUUUCAUUUAGAUUGUACAAAAUUAGAAGCUCGGCCAAACUUGCAAACAUUAGGAGCGCAGCAACCUGUGCAGUGA